GAGUUGUUGGUCAAAAGCUUUACGUUGUUCUAUUUUUGUUUUCUCUCAGUUUUAAGUUAAUUUAUGACAUGGUUUAACCGCAAAAUUAUUUAGGAUGACAAUGGAAAGGAGGAUAAAGUUAAAAACCCUCAACAGCCAUAUCACAUGUAAAAUCUGCCGCGGUUAUUUCAUCGAUGCUACCACUGUUACUGAAUGUCUUCAUACGUUCUGCAAGAGUUGCCUCGUAAAACACUUGGAGGAGAACAACACAUGUCCGACAUGCAACAUCGUGAUCCACCAGUCGCACCCGCUACAGUAUAUAAGCUUUGACAGGACCAUGCAAGAUAUAGUUUACAAACUUGUUCCAGACUUACAGGAUAAUGAGUUGAAACGUGAGCGUGACUUCUAUCGUGCCCGUGGACUGCCUUGUCCUAAGGACACUGCACUCGCUGCAGACAAGCCUACAGGAGAUGAGCCUGAGCAACCCGACAACACUGACUGCCAUAGAAAAGAUGAACAGGUCAACGUCUGUUUGGAAUGUAUAUCAACAUCAUUACGAACACUCAAAAGAAGUUUCAUUCGAUGCUCAGCUCAGGCGACAAUAACACACCUCAAGAAAUUUGUAGCUAAGAAAGUAUUGAAUGGAAUCGACCAAUACAGAGAGGUAAGUUUUCGAUUAUUAUAGU